AUGGCGCAGGAGAACGCCGCCUUCUCGCCCGGGCCCGAGGAGCCGCCGCGCCGCCGCGGCCGCCAGCGCUACGUGGAGAAGGACGGCCGGUGCAACGUGCAGCAUGGCAACGUGCGCGAGACGUACCGCUACCUGACCGACCUGUUCACCACGCUGGUGGACCUGCAGUGGCGCCUCAGCCUGCUCUUCUUCGUGCUCGCCUACGCGCUCACCUGGCUCUUCUUCGGCGCCAUCUGGUGGCUGAUCGCCUACGGCCGCGGCGACCUGGAGCACCUGGAGGACACCGCGUGGACGCCGUGCGUCAACAACCUCAACGGCUUCGUGGCCGCCUUCCUCUUCUCCAUCGAGACGGAGACCACCAUCGGCUACGGGCACCGCGUCAUCACCGACCAGUGCCCCGAGGGCAUCGUGUUGCUGCUGCUGCAGGCCAUCCUGGGCUCCAUGGUGAACGCCUUCAUGGUGGGCUGCAUGUUCGUCAAGAUCUCGCAGCCCAACAAGCGCGCCGCCACGCUCGUCUUCUCCUCGCACGCGGUGGUGUCGCUGCGCGACGGGCGCCUCUGCCUCAUGUUCCGCGUGGGCGACCUGCGCUCCUCGCACAUCGUCGAGGCCUCCAUCCGCGCCAAGCUCAUCCGCUCGCGCCAGACGCUCGAGGGCGAGUUCAUCCCGCUGCACCAGACCGACCUCAGCGUGGGCUUCGACACGGGCGACGACCGCCUCUUCCUCGUCUCGCCACUCGUCAUCAGCCACGAGAUAGACGCCGCCAGCCCCUUCUGGGAAGCAUCACGCCGCGCCUUGGAGAGGGACGACUUCGAGAUCGUUGUCAUCCUCGAGGGCAUGGUGGAAGCCACUGGAAUGACAUGCCAAGCUCGGAGCUCCUACCUGGUGGACGAGGUGCUGUGGGGCCACCGCUUCACAUCAGUGCUGACCCUGGAGGACGGCUUCUACGAGGUGGACUAUGCCAGCUUCCACGAGACCUUUGAGGUGCCCACGCCCUCGUGCAGUGCCCGGGAGCUGGCAGAGGCUGCAGCCCGCCUCGACGCCCAUCUCUACUGGUCCAUCCCCAGCCGGCUGGAUGAGAAGGUGGAGGAGGAGGGGGCAGGGGAGGGGGCCGGUGGGGAAGCUGGGGCUGACAAGGAGCAGAAUGGCUGCCUGCCACCCCCAGAGAGUGAGUCCAAGGUGUGA